ACAAAAACGCCCUCAUACGGGAUUCGCAGCGGGACUCCAGGGGCCAAGUGGACGCUGCCAAUCCUAACAACAACAGCAACAGCAGCACUGGAAGCCGAACGGUUUUAAUAACGUCGCACCUGUCCCAAAACGGUGGCAGCGGCGCGAUCCGGGGUGCGAACAGUCCGGGGUCUGUCAAUGCAGGACCCCCGCCUCUGGCCUUCGCACAUCUGUCCCCGAACGCUAAGCACCAUCUUCCGCCUCCCCCGCUGCCGCCGCCACCGGCACACUCCCAGACGCACAAACCCCCUCAGCUGCAGCAUCUUCCGCAGCAGCAGCAGCAUCACCCGAGGUCGCGGUCACCUCCCUCACCGUCUUCACAUCACCAUCUCCAUCAGCAACAACAGCAACAACAACACUCACCACGCUCGCCAACUUCUUUUCAACCUCAUCGGUCUUGUUCACCUGUCCAACACUCACAUCAUCAACAACAAAUGUCUCCGCCAUCAUCGCUCCCUCUCUCGCUACCCCCUCCGCAACCCCCAUCGCACCACUUGCAUCAGCCGCACCUUUCACAGCCAACGCAGCCACAAAUAUCCGGGCCGGGUUCAAAUUCAUCGAGCUCUAUAUUAAAGAGGAUCAACAACGAGCGGGAGCGAGAACGCGACUGGGAACGAGAAUACGAGCGAGAACGCGACUACGAACGUGAGCGGGACCGAGAAAGAGACUACGAACGAGAGCGUGAACGGGAACGAGAACGGGAACGAGAUUACGAACGAGAACGAGAGCGUGAACGAGAAUACGAACGAGAACGAGAUCGCGAACGAGAACGGAAUCGGGAACGUGAGAACAGGUCUUACGGUUCCGAUUCGGCUGAGUGCGGUUUUCCGACGGCCGACAGACCGGACACCUCUCCAAGCGACGUCGACAUUGAAAUAGACGUCGAUUACCACCACCCUGACAUAUACAGCCCCAGCGGACAUGUCUCUAAUAAUACCGGCAACGUUAGAAACAACGGCAUUAUUGAAAAAGAAGGGGAGGUAAUCGAAAGAAACGAUCGGGCUGAGCAGGAAGAUGAUGACGACGAUGAAGAUGAUGACGAUGACGACGAUGAUGACGACUCCAUUGCCAUUGUUAGUGAGAAGACGAAACUGCGCCAUGAGCAAUAUCUCGCUAACAACCAGGAGGAGGCCAUCAUAAAUCGGUCGCGUGGGGAAAUUACUCACAGUAUUGAACGACUGAGUAGCUAA